AUGUUGUGUCAGUUCCACGACGUCAUGAUGGCACGAGUCACGGACAAUGGAGACACCUCAGAGGCGUUCGCAGUGACCAAGGGAGUGAAACGGGGCCGCAUCCUCGCACCCGCCAACUUCAGCCUUAUGUGCUCUGUCAUGCUGACAGACGCCUGCCGUUACGAACGCCCCGGCGCGCAGAAUGAACCAUUUCCAUCUCAGCAGCCCACGAUGGGUAUUGUGGCUGAAGUGGCCGGCCCGGAUCUCGGACACGGAUGUACUGGAGUGGACGGAAAUCUUCAGCAUCUCUGCCAUGCUGAGACAUCUGCAACUGCGUUGGAACGGCCACCUUAUGCGGAUGGACAAUGA